AUGGGGAUAGAAGAGAAGGACAUGCACCCGUUCUGCCAUCUCUUCCACGAUCGCUUCACAAAACCUGCCCUCCUCCAUGAGCCUCCACCGAAUCCACUCUUACAUGAUUUUCACCUCCUGCUCGAUCUACGUCUCUCCGAGCCGAUCGCGGAAGUGCCACGCUGGAACCGCAAGGUGCACGCGGAGGCACCUCCUGUCGCCCUUGCCCACACCAGGACCAGUACCCACGGUGGUACUGGCUCGGGGCUGAAAACGAUGGUAAUAUUGGAUGCGCCCGAACACGGCCGCGGCCCAGUGUGGGAAUGGGACCGCCGCGCAGAUCCCCCACGAUCCAGAACAGGUCCCUCACUUCCCGAUGUGCCCGGACGCCCGCUGCGUCCGCCGUGUGCCCUCCCAGCGCGACGCCGGCUCAGACGACGCGACACCCGGUCCUGCGCCAUCGUCGAUCCCCUCGCCACGCUCGAGUGGAUCGCUCCCCCUCGCCCACUUACAGCACUCCGCGCGCUUAUCGCUCUCCAUCCCCAGCCUGCGUCACCAUUUCUCUCUCCCGUGCUCGCCGGAAUACAUCGUCCUGUCUACUACCACAUCGCGACCCCAGAGCAAUACGGCCAACACGACCUGUCCCCCGUCCUCCUCCAGCUCCCCGCCCUCCAGCUCGAGGUCCCCCCGCUCGCAAGCGCCAAGCGCGGCCCCAUCAGCGGUCACCAGGUCCAUCCACCCUUUUCCCGUGCGACUCUCCAUCCUGCUCAGGCGUGUCGUUCUUCGUUACCCAGGCUUCCCUUCUCAUCCCACGCACUCGCGUCCGACAGCUCGGGAUCACACACUCCGACCGCGUAA